ACCAAAAGUACCCGGAACUUUUAGUCCCAGGAACUACUUUUCAAGGAACUUAAGCUGCGUUUCCACUGCAGGAACUAGGGUCUAAAUUUAGUUCCAACAUGAGCUGUUAUAUUAAUAUUUAAAUUGUUACUAGAAUCCGUUUUGAAUGCAUUGAUAAGUUACUGCGCUUCAUCAAAAAUAAUAGUUUAGGAAAUAUUAAAAUAUACCGUUAGCACGUGACGCUUAACCUCAGCAACGCGUUCGGGUUUGGCCCGACAAAUUUACAAACAGGUUACUACUCCUAGUCUCCCUCAUGACCACGCCUCUACGAACGUCACGUCGUUCAGACUGCCACUGAGGUCAAAACGGUCUCAAGAUGCUAUUGGCUUUCAUAUCUGACGGAACCGUUACAAUGUAUUCAUCCGGAUUAUAUAGCGAGCUAAUAAGUAGCUAAGAAUCAGAGCUUCGAUGGGUCGGAUUUUGAGAAACGACUUUAAAAAGAACGAUAUCAAGAGAAAAUGAACCUGAUAAAAAAUGAAAUGAGGGUCCUGCUUAUGAUUUCACCCGUGAUUCUGUUUGUCUUCUCUUAUUUUGUGUACGUUUAUGACAAGCAAUCGGAAGCUCAAGGAAAGCCGCCCGCUCCAGCACCUCGUCAUAACCUGCACUCAGCAGUCUCGUCGAGCCCUGUCGCUAAGCAGCAGCCCACUGCCCAAGACGCUACCCAAAAUCCGCCUGCCAGUGAAGAUGCUCCGAGUGAAAUCGGGUCAGAGGAAAGGGCAGCACUCCUAGCCAGCUUGUGGUGGCCUCCGCUCAACAAAACCGUUUCCUCGGUCGCAGAGGCCACCGACGGAGCCAAAUGCUCCUACAGGGUCAUCGACCUCCGGGAAAACUACACCGUCGGAGGCGUCGUCCGCGUAGUUCUGGUCGCUCGGGACGGGAACGGGAGACCCAAAACCCACGGCGGAGACUUCUUCCAGGCCAAACUGCACAAUUCUGGGCUCAAAGCCAGCACAUUUGGCCCGGUGGUGGACCACCUCAACGGGACGUACACGGUCCAGUUCUCCCUGCUCUGGCCCGGCCCCGCCUACGUCUCGGUCCGACUCAUACACUCCAGCGAGGCGGUGCAGGUCAUCCGCAGACAGCGACAGCAGGACCCCGACAAGGUGUGCUACUUUGGGUAUUUUGUGGAGGGGAGCAGGACGGAGACGGUGGUCUGCAAUGCUCUGCCGACCCCCUGGCUCGUCGGGGACCGCAAGGGCUGCUGCUGCCAGUACACGGACCCGGUCACGCGGGAGUCCUGGUUCUGCCGCCGGCCGCCCUCUCUGCCCUGCCGGGCCCUAAUGUACCACAGCUCGGGCAGAUACCAGGCAAAGCUGUCCAAGUUUGAUGCCAGCAUUCUCCACAAAACAAAAACAAAUGUCAUCCUCCCUGGAAGAGGCGCUGUAAUCCAUGUCUUGCCCCAAGAUGAGGAUAUUCGAGACACGCGUCCGCAGUGCAGGCCGGGUCUGGGCACCGCCAUGCCCGCCGGGUUCUACUUCCAGGACCGCUGGACCUCGCUGCAGUGCCGCUCCCGGUCCUUCCCCACCCCGGCGCUGGUGUCGGCCUGCCUGCGGGACAAGCAGGUCUACAUGUUGGGAGACUCCACCCUGCGGCAGUGGUUCGAGUACCUGGAGAGUGCCAUGCCCACGCUGAAGAGGCUGGACCUGCACACGGAGCGCCUGUUUGGGCCGCGCCUCGCCGUCGACCCCCAGAGCAACACCCUGGUGCAGUGGCGGCCUCACGGGCUGCCCGUCCGCAUGCACAAGACCCCCGUGGCGGACCUGCACUACAUCGCCCGGGAGCUGCAGGGCAUGGGGGGCGGGGAGCACACGGUCGUCGUCCUGAACAUCUGGGCGCACUUCACCACCCACCCGCUCGACUACUACAUCCGCCGCCUCGCCACCAUCCGCCCCGCCGUGCGGGCCCUGCUCCAGCGGUCCCCGCGCACCCUGGUGGCCAUCAAGACGGCCAACACCGGCUACAAGGACGUCUACGGCAGCGACUGGCUGUCCUGGCAGCUGGACCUGGCCCUCAGGGCCAUGUUCCGGACCUUGCCCGUGGUCUUCGUCGACGCCUGGCAGAUGACUUCCUGCCACUACUCGCCCGACAACCUCCACCCGCCCAGAGAAGUGGUCAUGAACGAGGUGGACCUCUUCCUCUCUUUCGUCUGCCCGCAGUGAGAGAGCGGAGAGAGCGUGUGUGUGUGUGUGUGUGUGACUGUGUGAGUGAAUGUGUGUGUGUGUGUGUGCGCGUGCGCGUGCAUGUGCAUGCGUGCACACUCGCAUGUGUGAAUUAGUGUAUUUUUGCAACUACAGGUACGUUUAGGUCCGAAUGAUUAUCAAAAAUCUUUCAUGAUUUUUGAAAAUCAUGAAAAAAAUGAGGGGAUUUUACAUCAAAUGAAGAUUCUUUUUCUUAUGAUUUAUCUUUAAAAAAAUAAAUUAUGCGUUUUCAUGUCAUUUAUGUUGAUUUUAUGGGUCAGAAUAACAGUUACUUGCUUGUCCCACACCUGCUGAGCUUCUUUUUUUUUUUUUUACAUGCAUAUUUAAAAUUCAAUAGAUGACCAGGAGAAACGCCUGCAGAUUUGAAUUCCAAACAUUGAUGACUUACUGCCCACUCACCCCGAGUGCCCACUCGCAUAACGUAGCUAGCUGGACAGCUAGAGCUAACUUCCGUACCGUGGAGUGAGUGAUCGCAGCAGUGGAAAAUAUAUAAUAAAUAUAAUCUUAAAUUAUAAUACGACUUAAUAAUAAUAAUAACAACAACAACAAAAACGUUUUAAAAGGUAGAAGCUAACCUUCCACAUUUAAAAAAAAAAUUGUACAGAUGGGCAGCAUUUUCAAUAAGUGAUGCCAGGGCCUAGCCAUGUUUUUGUUGAAAAGAUAAGAUCUAACUUGUGUUCUAUUAUCAGAUUGUUUAGAACAAAUGUCGCAUUUGACGGUGCUCCGACCUUAUGACGUGCCAUUUUUAAUGUGUCUGAGCGGUAGUGCGUAAAAGGUUGUGACAUACAGGGUCAGUCUAUUGAGAGAUGCCAAUCAGGUUAGGCCUGGGCCUACCAUUUUUCCCUUAAAAGUGAUUCUCAACGGAUUUCCUACCAGAGGUAACAUUUGGAAUAGGAAGCACUUGUAAUAACACGGUAGAGUCUGGAAUUCGCCUACUGUGGACCGUCGUCAGGCCAAAGUGUUUUUUUCAAUAUUAAGUGACAGCGCUGUGGUGUUGUGAUUCCUCGCAUUUAUUUUGUUAAGUCAGUACAGUGGCAGCGUUCAAUUAUGAUGCCAAGAUAUUAGGACCUCUAACUGGUUCCCAUCAUUCAGACAUUACCGGGUAAUGUAAUAGCCUUCUUGUCUCAGAGUGAUGGCGGAAGUGUUCAAGACAAAUAAAAUUCCAAGUUGAGCUUUUUCAAAACAGAGGCACGUCGAUUGGUGGAUUGUCAUUCUUGCUGAUCCAGUUAGGGGUGGGGACAGUCAUAUUUUCACCUGCAGUAGAAAAGAUGUGUUAGCGAUUAAACACAAGGAUCUGCCUACAACAAUCAAUCCCAGCACUGCGCAACUAGCAUGCCAAUAAAGAUGCCAGACAGGCAUUUUCUUAAAGAAAAAACUGCUGGGAGAGAAAACCUGCCGAUCUGGUCUUUGUAGCACCUUGCAGACGUAAGACCAUCUUUCAGAGAACAGGUCAGGCUGGUUAUAGAUCCGUGCAUACGGAUGGCCUUUGUACUGUGACACUGCAGGUUGUUUGAUUGCACCUUGUGAGCCUGUCCAUGCUGUCGCAGCCUUCUUCGUUGUGUUCUUAGCUUUUUGCCUUUUUGCCAAAGUUGAUGAAUUACGUAUUUUUUAUUCUUUUUUAAAAUUUUUAUUUAUUUAUUUGAGUCACCACAGGUUUAUAUCUCACUGAAUAUAUUAUUUGGGCUGCAAAUAAUUGUCACAUCUUUUUGUAAAAAAAAAAAAAAAAAAAAAAAAACGAAAUAUUUUUCCUGUGUAUAUUAAAAUUUCCCUGUAUAUUUUCACAUACACACCUCCUCUUUGAAAAAACACGGAAGCCAAUGUACAAGUAGAAAAAUAACAGCAUGUGCAGUUGAAGCUAAAGCCUUUUUCAGGUAGAAUUUGAGCAUUUUAACAGCCAACAGGUUGUGGCUCCAAAAGUCUUUGUCAGAGUGUCUGGUGUAUGGCAUAUGCAAGAAGUGGUUUCAACUUAACACACACUAAUACUGACCACAGUCAGUAUCCUUCAUGCUGUUUGGAAAAAGUCAAAUAUUCUGUCCACAUGUUUGUACAAUUAUAAUAAAAUGGCAUAGAAACUCA